AUCAAUGAAAUGUAUAUUUUCUUUCCUUGCUUAAAAUUGAAAUAUGUUCAUUGUUUUCUCUUUUUGACCAUUUUUCAUGUGAAUUUAAGCAUUCUUUCUAUAUGUUUCACAGAUAUGUAGCAGUUGGGAAUGAGCCCUUUUUGAAAUCUUACAACAAUUCAUUCUUGAACAUCACACUGCCUGCACUUCAGAACAUUCAAAAUGCCAUUAAUGAAGCCGGCCUUGGAGACACCGUAAAGGCUACCGUGCCCUUAAACGCCGACGUGUAUCAGUCUCCGGAGGACAAUCCUUUACCAUCUGCAGGAACAUUUCGGCCUGACAUCAGCGGUCUUAUGACUGAGAUGGUGCAAUUUCUCAACAAGAACAGCGCACCAUUUACCGUAAACAUAUACCCCUUCUUAAGUCUUUACGGAAACGAUGAUUUUCCGUUUAACUACGCCUUCUUUGACGGGGUAGACGCUCCGAUAAUGGACAAUGGAAUUCAAUAUACCAAUGUCUUCGAUGCAAAUUUUGAUACAUUGGUUUCUGCUCUCAAAUCGGUCGGUUUUGGGGACACGCCCAUUUUGGUAGGAGAAGUAGGAUGGCCUACAGAAGGCGACAAGAACGCCAACGCAGGCAAUGCAUUAAGAUUCUACAACGGCCUUCUUUCACGUCUCGCAGCAAACAAAGGAACACCUCGCCGUCCUGGAUUCAUCGAAGUUUAUCUGUUCGGACUCAUCGACGAGGACGCCAAAAGCAUUGCGCCGGGGAACUUCGAGAGACACUGGGGAAUAUUUCGAUACGACGGACAACCUAAGUUUCCAAUGGAUCUUACUGGUCAAGGUCAAAACAAAUUUCUAAUAGGUGCACAAAAUGUGAAGUAUCUUUCUCCAACAUGGUGCAUGGUUAACCCUGAUGCCAAAGAUCUUAGCAAACUAGCUGAUAACCUUAAUUUUGCUUGCGCUUAUGGAGAUUGCACUGCACUUGGUUAUGGAUCUUCUUGCAACAACCUUGAUGCUAUUGGAAAUGCUUCUUAUGCAUUCAACAUGUACUACCAGGUGCAAAAUCAGAAUCGUCAAGCAUGCAAUUUUCAAGGUUUAGCUAAGCUUACUACAGACAACAUUUCAACACCUACUUGCAAUUUUACCAUUCAGAUUGCUCCUUCUUCAGCAUCUUCUUUGAUGCCUUCAUUUGCUGCUUUGUUGUUUGUUGCUCUUUUUAUGAUUCUCUUAGCUUAGUAUUUUCUUUGUACAUACAUUAGAGAGAGAUGCUGCUGUUAUUUUUUAUUUUUGGUUUCUUCAUUUCUUGGAGAUAGGUACACUCGAUGAUAUUUAGUUUAUUGAUUUUUGAUUUAUUUAAUAAAGAGUUUUUCAGAUUCAGAGUA